ACGCUGGGCGCGGGAGGGGGGCUGUUUUCUUCCCCUCACGCCGUGACAAAAUGGCGGCGGCGGCAACAGCAGCAGCUGCAGCAACGGCGACAGCGGUGGGCCUCGGCGUCCGGGCCGCGGCCUCGCCGCUGCUUCGACGCGGCCGCGGCAGGAGGAGGCGGAGGCCGCGCCAGGGCGGGCCCGAGGCCAAAGAGGCGGCGUCCGCCGGGCCCCGGUGCGCCUGCCAACCGCAGCGCUGCCCGCAGGGCCCCGGCCGCCCGCUCUGCCGCAGCCGCCUCGACACCUUCGACCCCGCCUCGCGCCACCAGCCAGCGCGACACGCUUCAGAAGGGGAGCCGCCGUCGGCCCAGGCAGAGCGAGAUUUCAUAUUUAGAGCACCCAUCACGUUAAGCAAGCCUGGAGAGCUUCACGAGGAAUACAAAAGCCAGCUACGAAAGCUGAGGGGUGAAAAAUUGCAGGAAGAGAGAGCCUCUGAGGAUUUUAUUCACAAGCUGAUUGUUGAGGACGCUACUGAUGCAGGCAGAAGAAAAACAGAAGAUCAGAAGAAAGAGGAGUCCUUAAUGGUUAAAAUGACCCAAGAACACUUUCCUGAACGCCUCUCUGAUUCCGAAAAUGAGGAACCGUCCCAGGGCAAAUCUGCACACCGGUCAGCUUUCGUUUCCAAGGGGAGCACCUACUCGAUUGCAUUGCUCGCAGGAAACUUGAGCUCCAAAGUAGAAAGGAGCCAGAGUUGCAAUGACACCCUUCGAGAGAGAUCCAAAAGCAGGCAAAGAUCAGCUCCAGUCAGAACAAAGAUAAACCUGUUGUCCAGCGCAUCUGCCCCCCUUGUUGGAGUUCUCUCAUCCACCCAAAACAAUCGCUGCCUCUCUGCCCCAGACUUGACAGCAGACAAGCGCCUUGUUUUCAAUGCCGCAGUUUCGUUUUCCGCCCUCCAAAAACCAGAGCGGUCCAUCAGCCCUGAGAGUAAUGACAGCAUUUCAGAGGAGCUCAAUCACUUCAAACCAAUUGUCUGUUCACCUUGCACUCCCCCAAAGCGGCUUCCUGACGGUGGAGUUUUGAGUCCUCUAAUUAUCAAGUCUACUCCGAGGAAUCUGACAAGGAGUCUACAGAAGCCAACCACUUACGAAGCAAGUCCCAGGAUCCUGAAAAAAUGGGAGCAAAUAUUCCAGGAGCGCCAGGUCAAGAGGACACUUUCUAAAGCUACGCUGACAUCCCUAGCCCCAGAGAUGGGGGAAGAUUUUCUGGUUCCUAGUGUCAACUCGCUUGUCAAAGAGCCAUUGCAAAUAUCAAAUGACUUGCUGCCGCCAGAAACCAUCACCCGUGCACAGGCAGAGCUGGAUGCGUUUCCUUCCACCUGUGUUGCAAAGUUUGAAAGCUCUGGCAGUAUCAAGAGGGACUUGGAGGCAGUGGCGCUAGAUGAAGGUCCUAAAGUACCUGUGGCAAGACCCAGUGAGAACCCCCUAAAUCCCAGGAUUCCUGCGGCUUCCAGUACAAAGUCAGCCUUGCGACUGGCUGGAACUUGUCUUAACCUCGAUGCCAAAAUGGUGUCCCGGAAAGUAAUCAGAGUCAACUCGGAGUUUCCAGAGAAUGGUGUCCUAGGCCCAUCAGUCAGGGCGGCCGGAAGGAAGCAGCUUAAAUACCUGAACGAAAGUGAACUGAGCAACUUCCACAAUGGCGCCUGCAUUGAGAAAGUCAUCGGCGACGAGGCCUCAUCUUGGAGACGGGGCCGGAAGAGACAGUGCAAAAUGAAGCACUUGGAGCAGGUUGGCUCCAUCAAAAGACUGAGGCAGGCGGCCUGCCAGGGGGCGUUGGCUGCUCCCGAACCCCUGCGGAGGAGGAAUGAGAAGAAGCAGAGGCUGAAGCAGGAGGAAGAGGACCGGAGGCUGGCCUUGCAGCUCCAGCGGAAGUUUGACGGUGAGAACCGGACGGUGGCAAGGCGGAAAGGAAGAGUGGAUCAGUAUUUCCUCCGGUCAAAGAGCACCACCGGUGCAAAGUAGCACUUACUGAACAAUGUUGCCUUUUCUAGUUAAUGCGAGAUUGAUCAAAAUAAUCUGGGAAAGAGGAAAAGCUGUUGUGUUGUUCUACCCCAACCCUGCAAAAAAAAAAAAAAAAAAAGAUUGUAAGAUGAGGUAAAUCCAGUUCACACUACAGCCAGGGUCUUUGCACAAAGAUCGGCCAUACUUUAUCCUUCUUCCUGAAGUUGCUUCUGAGGGUAUAAAUUUCAUUCAUAGGAGUGUAUCUAUAUGUUGCUCUAGUCAGAAGGACAUAGGCCUGCGUCUACUGCUGAGUUGCACUGGUAUGCAAACUGCUUCCAGGAUGUGAGUAGACAAUACCUUUGCAUUGGCAUUUUUGCCAUUGAAGUUGUUUGCUGUGAGUGGUCUUGUAAGCUCAGGAGCAGCCUUAAGUUGACAGGGAGGGAGGAAGCCCGCCCAUUUGAACCAUGGCUACAUAGAAAUGUAUUUAAAUAUACAUCGUAUUAUUGAGCACGGGAAAUAUGGAUGACUAUUUAUACUGAACCCAAACAAAUAACUGUUGGCCAGAGAACAUCUGUGGCUGCUGUUUGUGCUCUCCACCUCUUAACACCAAGCACAAUCACUUUGCCUCUCGGUUUCAGGAUUGCAUCACCAUAGAUGACCUCUUGACCCUAAGGCCCAUGUUGAUAGAGCCAGACCAGCAAGGCAACCCACUCUGUGGCGAGACAGAAAAAGGCACCUAGUUCUCUCUCGCCAGCGUGAUGCUUUGUUGGCUAUUCCAGUCCUCUUUGUUGUGUUCCUCAUGCAGUCACCUGGACAUCCUUGGGAUAUAAACCAUGAUAGGAGAGGAAUGAUUCUUGGAAUGACUUCUGUGACUGGAUAUAUGUGCAGACCUGUUGUAUGAGUGACAGGGCUGUGGAGCAUGGUGAUUCCUUUGUCUGGUUUCUGAGAUUGCUGAACUUAAAGCCCCAAUACAGAUUACUAAACUGCCCCAUUUCAAGCAGUUUUUGAAUUGGGGAUAGGUGGCGUGUGUUGAACGACACCCCCAUCCUUCAGUAUUCAUAUGGUGAACAGGUUAAAGGUUCCUCGCAUGGAUAUGUGCCAUAUUAAUAAUCUCUUGUGGAAAGCUUGUUUUCUAGUGUGCUGAGGAGAUGGUUAGCUUUUUUUGGAUUUAUCAAACAGACUUUUCACAAACCUGCAUUGUAAGAAUUUGGAGAAAGAAAGUUGUCUCAUAGUGAUUCUUCCAAAGGAGAUGCUUGAAUCAGCCAGGUGUAGGUCCACACUAGGAGCAGGGCAUCAGGGUGGGGGUGUGGUGGGGGGAGUUUAAGCCCCAUUGAACUAUGUGGCAUGAUAGAUUGGCACUGUGGCCUCCAUGUUUGCUUCUCUUAAUUACAAAGGAGAAAAGUUGAAAGCCAUAAAAGAUGAAGAGCCUAAAGGCAUGCCAUCCUAGUGUGUUUAGAGCCAAAGAAGCUCUCCCUUCAUGAAUCUUGUAAUCUUUAAACAGGUUGCAGUUUAAAAAUAGGCUUAGCACUUCAAGAGUCACUGGUAGACCUAGGUAUCCCUUUGGGGAAAGUGAUUGACUAAAACUCAACAAGCAUGUUUUCAAGGCUUGAUUACUCCCCAGGAAGUCAGUCUCUCUGUCUCUCUCUGUGGUUCCUUGAUGAUCCCCUGCAAUUUCCUACAGCUCUUUGCUUAAAAGGCGGAGCUCUUGCAGUCUGCACUAUGUAGCAUCAGCCCUGACCCUUGCUUGGACCAAAACAGAUUUGGCACUUAGAGAGUUCUUUAAAAUUGGCUGAACUACUAUGUGGAGCAAAGUAUUGCUCUUGCCCUGAGUUCAGGUGAACCUUGAAAUAAGUCUAAAUUGGUUUGCUUUCCUGGUAACCAGGACUGGAACUAGCUUCAGUUUCACUUUUGCUUCUGUUCUUUAGAACUGCAAGGACCUAUUCUGUUUAGAUGAAAGGAAGCCCCAUUGAUUUCAGUGGGACUCACUUCCUAGUAAGUAUUCGUAGAAUUGCAGCCUGAAGUAUUUUAUUGAUUUGAAAUGCAUUUCUUAAAGGAACAGAAAAUCUGUAUCUAAAAUGCAGUGUUUUCCUGCUGAGAACUUGAAGCAAUUAGUGUUACUCUCAACAUGCCUGCAACUACUGUUACAGUAAGUAAAGCAUUAUUGAGACCAGGCUAUUGUGGCUGCCCUUUUGUCGCUGUUCAUGAGCUGGAAGACUGUGUCCUCUUUAUAAGAAAACGAAACUGGGCAGACAUCUUAGAUGUAGGCAUAAAAGUCUUGACAGAACUCUAUUAUUUCCCUUCAAUCCUUAUUUCAGCAUAAGGUUUGGUGAACGUGGAAUGCCUUUUUGAAGCAAUCUCAUGUCAAGUUACGUAAUUUGGAUGAGCUGAUCAUGUCUCAGUGAGACAUAGGGUUAUCCUGCUUGCAAGAUCAUACCUGGAAAAAUUGUGUGGACAUCCAGUUCUGAUAUUGCACUUCUGUACAUGUGCUCAGGGUAUCACUUCAGUGUCAUCCCCGUGAAUGCUACAGGGACUACAGCUAGUUUAUGUUUUUCCCAAAUUGGCCAUGGCAAGAAAUGAAUGCAAAAUCCCUCUGCUUCAAGCUGGGUUGGAUUAACAGAGAAUAUCAAUUGACAGUACCUCACUACGGUUAAAAAUGAGUCGGUGAAGAGUGAAGGCCUCUUCACACAUACUUCCUAGACUUCUUGUCAGUACAUGUGCUUAAGUGUGAGUGCAAGAUACACAGGUUUUGGAAGUGGGCAUCAUGUCAGUAUACCUAUUGGCCAGCUGGGAUGGCACAAGCAAUGGCAAAGUCGGCUGUUGUUUGAUAUGGCCCUAGGUGAGUGUGGAAAGAAUAUGGUGUAAUUCGUGGCAGUCUGUGUAAAGGCCCACUGAGGUAUGGAAGCAGGGCUUUACCCCUGUGGUGUCUACACCCAGCUGUCUCUUUCCAGGAUAUGCUCUGAAAAGAUCUAGUACAGUCCAUGAGGUCUCAGGAGAGAGACGGCUUUUGGCUGCACUUGGUUUGGUGGAACAUCAAGGUUCUAUGAAAUAGGUACGAAGGACAGUCCCACAAAUGAUAUUAGAACCCUGUGUUUUUGACUGAGGAGAUGCUUGGAAGGGAAAAUUAAAGCCAGUCCUCACACUCCGAGGAAUAUAUCUGCAUGCUACGUACACUUAUGUGUGUGUCACACACUUUUUUUUAGCUAGGUGUAUAUGUAACAAACGUGAUGUGUGGAUUGGCUCUAACUUUUUGCAGCAGCCAGGAUCCAAAUUAGCUUUAGGUGCUCCCACAGCCUUAGGGGUGCCCGGUGAUACUUUGGUGUGUGUUAUUUUUCCUUUUUGAAGGAAACGUUCCAGCUCCAGAAGAACUUGCCCUCUAGCAUGAGGGGGCCUGCUAUUUAAGUGGCACAGAAUCACAUGUUCCUGUAACCCAAGUCAAUGUCUGGAAGCAAACAUGAGGGAUGCUAUCAUCCCUUGCAGUCUUCCGGAUUGAGACGCAAACUGCAGUACAUCCUGAAAGUGGAUCAACUUAACGAGCGAGCACCUUCAGUCUGGUGUUUCACAUGCAGGUAGAGGGGUGUGUGUGCAGAAUGUGGGGUAUGUGGGGGGAAAUGGAGUGCUGGUGUGAAUGCAGUCAGGGGGCCAAACUAAGACACUGUGUGUGUGAGAGAGAGAGAGAGAGACAGAGUGUGUCAACUCUGUGCCUCUGAUAUCCUCUGUGUUGGCCCAUAGGUAGGGCAGUUCCAACAUUACAAGUUGCUUUGCUUAAGGUUCUGGCUGACCAGUUCUGAUAACAAAUAUGGUGACCUUUGGGCAUAUGAAAUCUAUAUAAGCCAAGGGGCCAAUGAAUGUAUUGAAGGGACCUUUUUGUCAUUGUUUAGAAGUGGGGGCCUUAAUAUACCAAGGGUGGUUGCCCACCUCACAGCCUAAAAAUGUGCCCAGUAUUUUUGUUUUCCGGUCUAUGUGAGGUCUGCCCUCAACCCUCUGCAGCUGGUUGAUUAAAUUGUCUUCUCAAAGACUAACCUGGGCUUCCCCACUCAUCAAGGAGAGCACAGUUGUGCCUGUCCUGUUACCCAAUGAGGUAAAAGAGAAUCUUGCCACAAAUAUCAGUGGCUGCUACCUUUCUGCAUGCUGGCUCUUGUCUUUAUCAGGCUUAAAAUUUUGUGACUUCUGAUCAGGCUUAAAAAUGGGGGUUCCGUUUAUAGUUCAGUUGGCUGGUCCAAGUGGGCUGCACCACUUUAUGGCACCUUCCUUGUGGCCCCAAGGUGGGAGAUCUUGACAGUAACUGAAUGAUUAUAACUGCCAAAGACGUAAUCGGACCCUGAAAAUCCACUGAACCUCUAGAUAUUUCUGUAUGGCGAAAGAUGUAAUGGAAGUUCUUCAGUUGACUAUGGAUGUUGAUGAUAAUGAUAAAUAAUGAAGGAGAAUGUGCCAAAAGAUUGGAUUUUGUAUGAUGAUUGUACCACAUUUUAUUAUAUAACUGUCAGUAUUCUUUCUCUUCAAAUGUAUUGUGGGGCAUGUCAAGGAGUACAGGUCAAACAAGCACUUUGUUGAAGUUCUCUCAGUGAAAGCAAAGGAAGAGGAAAGAACAAGCCUUAAAAACCCUCUAAUGAACCCUCCCCCCUCCCCUAAAAAACCUGGACUUGAAGCAUGGCUUCAACAAGCACCUGCCAGACUUCCUUCCGGGCUUUGAGGAUCAUGCUGGCAUCUUGGCUUUCAUCUUUCCUGGUGGAUUAGGAGCUUGUCCCUCCAGGAGAACGCCAUCCAGACCCAGUUUCAGCUUUCAGAGAGGACUAGAUGCAGUCUCUUAAAGUAGCAUUCCUUGCCCAAGAACUGAGUGUGGAUGUGCAAGUCCGUUAAGAUGCGACGCUGCUCUGUGAGGUUUUGUGCCGUGACUCUCCACAGUAAGGUCACAACUGCACUGCUGAAGUCUACAGCUGGCGCUGCCAUCUUUCUAACUGUUGUGUUACAGGAAUCCGAUGAAAAGCAUUGUUCCUUCCCCCAACUAUUUAAAAAUAUUGCAAGCUGGUAUAGAGUUAGCUCUCCACUAUGCAAACAAACAAAAUCACCUUUUUGGUUACCAUUGAUGGGAUUUCAUGUAUGCUAGGCUUCUCUGGUGUUUACUGUCAGAUGCUUUCAAGAGAAAAUGGAUGUCGCUGCAUAUCUCUACUUCCCCUGUCCCAACACUCGCCCACCCUGGUAUGCUUUAAACCAUUUUGUGCUUUGAUGUGUAUCCUCAGCUUGGUACUUGAAAACCAGUGCAGUACAAGACAAAGCAUCAUUUUUGAGAUUGCAACUGAAUCACUGUGGCUUCAUCAGAUUUUUUUGAUAAAACAAUCUGUUUACUGAGAAA